GGCUUAAAAUCACACUGUGUACUUCCUACUUUCAGCCACUCGUGGUUCAUACCGGGAUAGGCAGCUUACUGUACGUGUAGUUGCUGCAGCUGCUGCUGCACACCCAGAGCAGGCGUUACAAAUCUGUCAGCUGUCUGAAGAUAUUCUUGUCUUUGCGUCUCAUUUAAUAAUUGUUUUCCAACAACACUGCGUCCAAGGUAACUGAUCUCUCCACUUUGUGAUAUUACACAAUGGACAAAGACACCGUGUUGACUCAUAUCCUGCAGUUAAAGGGCAUUGCAACACUUCUUGGUGGGGAGCCGCCUAUCAGUGUGAUAAAGAACAAUAAAUACAUAUCCCAGCUGACCCCUGAAGCUCAGGUGACAGACAAAAAUGUGGACAACAACUUGCCCUCCCUUGAUCACGCCAUCCACACUGCUCUUACUGGUGAAAUCAAAACUGUCAUACUGGUUGGUCCAGAGGGAUCAGGUAAAACAACAGCUCUAGAGAAGCUGGCUGUGGAUUGGGCAAAAGGAGAACACCUUCACAACUUCUCUCAUGUGUUUCAUUUCCGGUUCAGGGAGAUGAACUUACUUGAAGGGACUCUCUCCCUGGAGACAUUAUUGUUAAACCAUCACGGUCUUGUCCCUCCUGAGUCCAUACCGCUUAUUCUGCAGAGGCCUAAGGCUGUGUUAUUAAUUUUUGAUGACUUACAUCAGUACAAACACAGUCUGGACCCCUCCGUCCACACCCUCUGCUCUGACCCCAGCCAAGCAGUCUCAGUGUCCUGUUUAGUGGCCAGCUUGCUUCACGGAUCGCUGCUGAAAGGAGCUGCCUUCCUGGUGGCGACCAGGCCGACGGGAUGUCUGAAAUUUCUGAGUGGCAGCCGAGUGGAAGUGUUGGGGUUUCUGAAGCCCCAGAGAGAAGCAUACGUUAAGGGGUUCUUCACCGACCAAACUGUUGCCAACAAAUCACUGAUGCACAUGGAAAGGACUCUAGGCUUUUAUGAUUUCUGUACCUCUCCUAGAUUUUGCUGGAUGGUUUGCUCUAUAUACAAGUCUCUAAUGGAAGCAGGAGCAAAACUACCUGAAACAGUAUCUCAGCUGUAUAUAGAUAUCCUGAUGCACCUGAUUCAGACGCUCUCGCUGAAUGAGGCUGGUGUCAGAGAACUAGUGCUGGCUCUUGGCAGGAUGGCUGCUCAUUGCUCUCUCAGCCAGCAUUCGAGCUGCACCAAAGAAGAGAUGGAUUCCUUUGGCUUCCAGCAGUUUCUUACCUCUCAGACUUCUGUGGGUGUUUUCUUGCAAGUAGAUGGCGACCCAGAGUCAGACAGAUGUGUCUUCUCCUUCCACUCCCAACUGAUGCAGGAGUUUGUCUUGGCCGUGUCUUUCUUUUUGGACAAGUCAACGUUGGAGGGUGUGGAGAAGAUGUUGGAAAAGCACAAAGGCCAUGCAAAGUUUCUGGAUCUCUUCCUGUCAGGGCUGUCGGAGCCAGUUCAGCGCAGGCCACUGGAGACCCUGCUGGGGGAGUUCAACUUGGAUCGGAUCACAGAUUUCAAACAUUGGUUUAAAAGCAGCUCAGAGACCACACUGAAGGGAUGCUACAAAGAUGCGCACCAACACUGCUUCCAUCUGCUUCACCAAGCUCAAAACGAGAGCUUGGUGAAGGAGAUCAUCACCUCAUCAGUACGAAGAGGCAUCAGCUACGGUGAUCUGAGCCUCCAGGACUGUGCAACACUGAAUUAUGUCUUCACGUGCCUCGGUGAGAUGGAGCUGUUGAAUCUGUACCUUACGAGGGAUUUGACGGAGGAGAAAGCAGAGAUCCUGGCUCCCGCUAUGAGCUUGUCGCGUAAGAUAAUCUUGUCAAGCAGCUUUCUGAGAACUGGAGCUGUCACUCAUCUGGCUUCAGCUCUCAGCAGAGGAAUCACCACAGAUCUGGAUCUCUCUCAUACCCGCCUUGGUGAUGAAAAGUUCAAAAUUCUCUGCACUGGACUCAGAGACUGCAAGCUGCACACAUUAAAACUGGUAGCAUGCAGCCUGACAGAGGCCAGCUGUGAAGAUCUGUCGUCUGUCCUGACCUCAGCCACCUCUCAGCUGCGUGAGUUAGACAUUCUGUUCAACAAGCUCGGGGACCAGGGCAUCACGAAACUAUGCCAAGGACUGCAUAGCCCUCACUGCAAGCUACAGGACCUCCACCUACAAAGCUGCAAGUUGACUGAGGCGUCCAUGGGGGGUUUGUCAGCGGCUUUGUGUUCUGGCCAAUCAGAGCUGAGAAAAAUUAACCUGACACAAAACCAGAUUGGUGACAGUGGAGUGGAGGCGUUGUGCAAGUCCUUGCAACACCCACUUUGUAAACUGCAGAGCCUCACAUUGUUUGAUAGCGAUCUGACAGGCACCUGCUGUGCUCAUUUGAUGGCAGCCUUGAUGUCAGACCACUGCUCCCUGACAGAGCUGGAUCUGUCAGUGAAUGAUUUAGGCCAGGAGGGGGUGCUGCAGCUCUGCCAAGCCCUCAGUAGGCCCCAAUGCCCAAUAGAAAAACUUGGGUUGACACGAUGUGAGUUAACUGUGUUGGUCUUCGAAGAACUGGGCUCAUUGCUGUCAAGUGGGACCUCUCGACUUAAGUCCUUGUCUGUAGGCAUAAAUCAAGUAGGAGAGCAAGGGGUUAAACAUAUUUUGGACGCUGUUGCACAUCCAAGCUGCCUGUUGGAGGACCUGGAUCUUGAAAUGACUGGUUUGACAGAUACCUGCGUUGAGCACUUAUGUGCUGCUGUAAGAGCCAGUGAGACUUUGAAGAACCUGGAAUUGAGAAACAACUCACUGACUGAUGCUUCCGUUCCUGCCCUCGUCCAAACCAUGCAGGACAGCCACAACAUGCAGGAGAUGAACCUGAGGUACAACGAGUUCUCUGAGGAUGUUUUUGAAAUGUUGGACGAGUGCGAUAAAAUAAGAUACUGAAGAGGGCGGAUUAGUCCAUCCA